UACUUCGAAUAAUACUUUGGGAAUUUCUAUGGCUAAAAACAAUAGUUUAUUCGAUAAACCUUCUAGUAUAGAAUAUAAACAAGGUUUAUAUAGAAGAGCCAUAAAGGAACUUAAGAUUACAAAAUCUUAUAGUAAAAAGAAAUUACUUUUGAUUUUGAACAAGCAAGAAUACAAAGAACCUUUUUUGCUCAAUGAAAUCAUUCAUUCGAAGGAAGAAUUGAAGAAAAAAUUGAAUAAAGUUAUUAAAGAUUUGAAUAAUCGAAACAUUCUACUAAGCCAGAAUUGUACCAAUUUGAACAAUAAAUUGGAUGAAGAGAAAAGAUUAAAAUUGGAGACAAUGUUGUCACCUGCAUUACAAGAUCCAACUCUUUGCAAAGAAUUAAAUAAAAGUCUAGAAGUAUCUGCAAUAAUUAUUAGUCAAGACAAACCAGCUAUAAUCUUUACUCCCACAACUAUUGAAAUUAUCGAAUAUCCAAGAAAUAAAAAUGAAACAAUAUCAACUCAAGAA